UGACAUUAUAAUAAUUAUCAUUUAAUUAUUUAAAUUGUUUUUAUUUUAUUUCUUUUUUAAUUAAAUUAAACGAAUGUCGAUAAAAUAGAUUAUAUGUUGAUAUUAAGAAAUCUGUAGUUUAGAUAAAAGUCCAAUGACUAACCUCAUUUAUUUUUGUUAAAAAUUUUAUUUUUUAUUAUUAUUCAUGAUAAUUAAUUUUUAAACAAGUACAGAAAUGGAAGACGAUGAAAUAAAAAGAAUAGACCUUGAAAUUCGGCGAAUAGAUAAUGAAAUAAGAAAAUUAAAAAACCGUAAAGAUGAAUUGAAUGAACGUAAAGAAAAAAUAAUAAAUGAUGCAGUUCGUCAGAAAAGUAUGGAAUUAUCUAAACGUGAUUGGAAUAAUAGCAAUUUCCCAUGGUCGAAAAAAUUGCAAGCGAAGUUAAAUGAUGUUUUGAAAAUAGAUAAGUUUCGAGAACAUCAACUGGCGGCUAUAAAUGCAGUGUUAUCAGGAGAAGAUACUAUUUUAGUAAUGCCUACGGGUGGUGGAAAGAGUUUGUGUUAUCAAUUACCAGCAAUAACAAUGAAAGGUCUUACUAUCGUUGUUUCUCCACUGAUAGCAUUAAUCGAAGAUCAAAUACAUGGUCUUAAAAAAGUCAAUGUUAAAGCAGGAAUGUUGACGUCAAAUAAAAAUGAUCUAGUUAAAAUGGCUUGGGAUGCUUUAGACGGUAAAAAUGAUGAUGUUAAUUUGUUAUAUAUUACUCCUGAAUUUAUGAAGAAGUCUAAACGAUUUAUGUCUAAAUUACAAAAAUCAUUUAACCAAAAACGCGUUAAAUUAUUUGCUAUUGAUGAGGUUCAUUGUUGCAGUACUUGGGGUCAUGAUUUUCGUCCCGAUUAUCAAUUUCUUGGCUGUUUAAAAGCUAUGUUUCCAGGCGUUCCAAUCCUAGGAUUAACAGCAACAGCUACCACUAAAAUACUUGAUGAUGUACAAAAAAUGUUAGAUAUUCAAAGUUGUUUGAUACUUCGAGCAUCAUUUAAUCGACCAAAUUUAAUGUAUGAAGUUAGAAGAAAACCUAGUGAUAAAGAUAAUUGUUUGAAUAUGUUAGUUAAUUUAUUGAAGACAAGAUUUUCUGGUAAAUCAGGGAUUAUUUAUACAACGACAAUAAAAGAUGCUGAAACUUUAACAGCCAGUUUACGUGGACACGGUCUUAAAUUGGGAUGUUAUCAUGCUAUGCUGGAACCAGAUGUUCGUUCUAAAAUUUAUCAACGUUGGAUCACUGGAGAGUAUCAAGCUGUUGUUGCUACAAUAGCAUUUGGACUAGGUAUUGACAAACCAAAUGUCAGAUUUGUUAUCCAUCACUGUAUGUCUAAGUCAAUGGAAAAUUAUUAUCAAGAAAGCGGACGCGCUGGUCGUGAUGGUAAAAAAGCAACUUGUAUUGUACUAUUUAGACUCGCAGAUGUUUUUAAACUCAGUACUAUGGUGAUUGGAGACAAAGUUGGUCUUCAAAAUCUCUAUAAGACUCUUGAGUACUGUUUAGACGCAAGUACAUGUCGAAGAAGUCUUAUUGCUACGCAUUUUAAUGAAUCAUGGAGCAAAAAAGACUGCAAUGAAAUGUGCGAUCAUUGUACAAAAACCAAAAAGACUGAAACAACCGAUAUAACGGCAUAUUGUCAACAAAUAUAUCAGAUAAUUGAUAAAGCCAAUGAAACCGAGAAUAAUUUAACUUUAUUAAAACUUGUUGAUGCUUGGUACAAUAAAGGUACAACAACUCAUCGAGUUUCUAGUGUUCCUACACCAAAGUUUUCACGAGAAACUGCCGAAGCAAUUAUUGCCUAUCUUCUUAUCAAUGGAUAUCUUAAAGAAGAUUUUGUUUUUAAUGCAUACGCCAAUUUAAGUUAUCUUAUCCGAGGUCCUAACUCAACUUUGAUAUCAGAUAACACUCAUAAAAUACUUUUUACUCAUGAUGAAGGACUCAAGCUUUAGUUAUUUAUUUUAAUCAUAAACUUGUCCUUGUACUUAAAUGUCGAUUACUACAAUAGAUUAAAUAGAUAUUUAUUAAAUAGCUUUUACAAAUAAAUAUAUGAUAAGUUUAAAGUCAAUUUAAUGAUUUUGUUUUAAAAGUUAUUAAAUCUUUUUAACUAAUUAAAUAAAAGUUGAAUGACAGAGAUAACCCAGAAAUAAUAAUUAGUGUUGAUAAAGAAUUUAAAAAACUGAUGGGUUAAUUAUAUAAAAAAAAAAAAAAAACUUUUUUUUAUCAGUAAAGUGACGAUAAAGGAAAAAAUUGUUUUUGAAUAACUAAUGUAAUGAUACAUUACAAUGGUAUUGAUUACUAAAUAAAUAAGGAAAAAAACUAAAUUUUUAUUGAAAGACAAAGAAUCUUUGCACUCGAUGCAAAAAAAAAUGUUUUUCGUAAUAAAAAUUAAAAAUAUUUGCAUUUACAGUUUUUAAAAAAGUCUGUAAUAAAAAAAUGAUUUUUUUUUUAAGGGGGGAAAAGGGUCUGAGAUACAAAAAAAAAGAGAUUUUUUUUUUUCAGAGCGGCUUCUUUAUUAAAAUUCUUAAAAUUUUUGACAUUAUUAAGCAUCAUUCCAAGAAUAUUCUGCAAAAUUUUCAUUAAAAAAUAUUGAAAAAUAAGCCAGUGGUAGUGGGGAGAGCCGAGUCACCUCAAAAUAAAAGUCUCCAUGAAGUAGGCAGGAUAACUCAUGACUAUCUCAUCUGAAAUCAAAAAACCUAAAAGAUUUCUUUAGUACAGAAGUUUAUUUUAGAUUUGAAUGAAGGAAUAAAUAAAAUAUUCAUUUUUGAAUUUUUUGUAAAGGUGGAAUCAAAAAACUCUGAUUUUUGUCAAAAAUGGUUCCUUUUGUUUAAUUAAAAAAGAAGUAAUUAUUGAGAAAAAAAAUCUUUCGUUCAGAUCGUAGAUAAACUUAUGUACUAAAGAAGUCUUUUUGGUUUUUUGAUUCCAGAUCAGUUAGUCAUGAGUUAUCCUGCCAACGGCAUGGAGACUUUUUUUUUAAGGUGACUCAGUUCUCCCUACUACCCCUGGGUUAUUUUUAAAUAUUUUUUUAUGAAAAUUUAGCAGAAUAUUCUUGGAAUGAUGCUUAAUAAUAUCAAAAAUUUUUUAAAUUUUAAUAAAGAAGGUACUCUGAAAAAAAAAUUUACAAAAAUAUCCUCUUUUUUUUGUAUCUCAGACCCGUUUUCCUCCUUAGUUGACUGUAAACUUAAAUUAUAAAAAAAAAUAUUGAAAAUAUUUAUCUAAGUAUUAAAAAAAAUUUAUAUGUAAAUAAAUUUAAAUCCUCAUUAAAAAGUCACAAAGACAUUUAACUUAUUCUGUUAAUUAAUUUUGAAAACAGUAAUCGAUAUUAGAAAGUUUAAAUGAAUUUCUAUUUAGUUUCUACCGAUAAAAAUAUACAAGAAAUGAAUACUUAAAUAUUUUUUUUAAAAAAUUCAUUUAUCAAUAAAUCAAAAAUAAUAUUAACAAGGACUUAUUAAAAAUUAACAAUAAUAUUUGAGAAGAAAUAGACUGAGCAGUUAAAAUAAACUAGUGAUUCAAGAUGACCGCCACAAUUCAGGUGGGAUUAUUGAUCCUCAAAAGAGUAAAGCAUUAAUGCUGAUUCGCGUGAACUUAUGUUUUGUAUGUUGAACAAUAUACAUCGUAUACGUCAUUAUUUUAUUAAACUAUGUACUAUCUAAGCCUACGUUUUAUAUCAAUGUAAAUUAACGUCACAUAUGUUGUAAUUUUUUUCAAAAUAAUAUUAAAUAACUUUUUGAUACGAAAAUUCAUAAAUUCAUUCAUUUUAAACAUUCGC